CGAGGGUAGCCUUCGUGUUCGCGGCGCAGGUCGUACGCGGCCGCUGGUUCAUGGCGUACGGCUCCUUCCUCAUCAUGUCGGCCGCGGGUGCCACCUAUAUCUUCGCCAUCUACUCCAAGGACAUCAAGUCCACGCUCGGCUACACUCAGGAGCAGCUCAACACCGUCGGCUUCUUCAAGGACGUCGGCGCCAACGUCGGCAUCCACGCCGGCCUCGUCGCCGAGGUCACCCCGACAUGGCUCGUCCUCGCCAUCGGCGCCUCCAUGAACCUUGGGGGAUACCUCAUGCUCUAUCUCUCCGUCACCGGCCGCGUCACGGCCAAGACCCCGCUCUGGCUCGUCUGCCUCUACAUCGCCGUCGGCGCCAACUCGCAGGCCUUCGCCAACACCGGCGCGCUCGUCACCUGCGUCAAGAACUUCCCGGAGAGCCGCGGCGUCGUGCUCGGCUUGCUCAAGGGAUUCGUCGGCCUCAGCGGCGCCAUCUUCACGCAGCUCUACCUCGCCUUCUACGGUGGCGGCGGCGGCGGCGGCGACACCAGGCCGCUCAUCCUUCUCGUCGGCUGGCUGCCAGCCGCCGUCUCCGUGGUAUUCCUCGUCACGAUAAGAAUCAUACGCACACCACGCUCGCCAACGGCGCAGCUCCGCGAGUACCGCGCGUUUUGUGGUUUCUUGUACGUGUCGCUUGCGCUCGCCGCCUACCUCAUGGUCGCCAUCAUCCUCCAGAAGAGGCUCCACUUCACCCACGCCGAGUACGGCCUCAGCGCCGGCAUCGUGUUCGCCAUGCUGCUCGUCCCCAUCGCAAUUGUACUGCGCGAGGAGGCUGCUCUGUUCAAGAUCAAGAAGACGCCUGAGGCCGAACCCGAUGGUCCGGCGCUGUCCGUGGUGACCGCGCCCGCAAAGCUGGCGCCAGAGUCUUCGCCUGCUUCCCAGAAACCUGCGACGACGACGGCGAGGAUUCUACGAGCACUGAGGCCGCCGCCGCGCGGCGAGGACUACACGAUCUUGCAGGCGCUGGUGAGCGUGGACAUGCUGCUGCUGUUCACGGCGACGGUGUUCGGCGUGGGCGGGACGCUGACGGCGAUCGACAACAUGGGCCAGAUCGGCGAGUCGCUGGGAUACCCGCAGCGCAGCAUCGCCACCUUCGUGUCGCUCAUCAGCAUCUGGAACUACCUCGGCCGCGUGGCCUCCGGCUUCGCGUCGGAGGCGCUCCUCGCGCGGCACCGCAUCCCGCGGCCGCUCAUCCUGGCCGUCGUGCUCCUGCUCACCGUGCCGGGGCACCUCCUGAUCGCGUUCGGCGUGCCGGGGUCGCUGUACGCGGCGUCGGUGCUGGUCGGGUUCUGCUUCGGCGCCGCGCAGCCGCUGAUCCUGGCGAGCGUGUCGGAGCUGUUCGGCCUCAAGUACUACUCGACGCUCUACAAUUUCUGCGGCACGGCGAGCCCCGUUGGGUCGUACAUCCUCAACGUCCGCGUCGCCGGCCGCAUGUACGAUCGGGAGGCGGCGCGGCAGGGUGGUGGGCACGCCGUGGCCACGGCGGCGGGGAAGGCGUUGACUUGCAUUGGCGUGAGGUGUUACAAGGAGUCGUUCUUGGUCAUGACGGCGGUGACGGUGGCCGCGGCGGCGGUGUCGGCGGCGCUGGCGUGGAGGACGCGGGUGUUCUACGCGGGAGACAUCUACGCCAAGUUCAAGGAGGGAGAGAAGACUCCGCUUGGAGCGACCGGCAAUGGCGCUCCAUGAAAACACCUAUGGAAUAGUAAUAAUCUUGUGUCCAUAAAUAUUUACACACCUGAGUGCCUCCUCUUUACCGACAUAAAUUCAUUAAUCUAGUUCAAAUUCAAGUACAAAUAUGGUU